AUGCUGAAAGCGGUUCUAGGACCGGAACAAAGCAAGUUUAUAGUGAACGGCCUCCCUCCAUUAGAACUUCAAGUAGGGAAAGAUGGUUUUUUUGAUGGAUUCAUCACUUUCGCUACAGGUAUGGAUAAUAUGUGGUUGAUGCCCACGAUGAACAACAAAUGGGCUAUCGAUUCAGCUGCAGUGCUAUUUCCUCUUCAACCUCUUAAUCUUAUACAAAAAGGGUCCUUGGCUGUAGUUCGUCUUCAGUACAACAAGAAUGCAAUGUCAUGGACAAGAGUGCUUGUAGAAAGCAGACCUGAUGCCGCCCACGCAAAUGUGUAUCUCGUUGAUUCUGGAGCACGGCAAAUGGUGAACGUGAGAAGCCUUUAUGAAAUGCCACUAGAGAUGAAAAGAUUUCCUCCUCAGGCUAUUCCGGUUCUUCCCAGUAUCUCUUCAUCACCAGACCUUGCACCAGGAGAAUGGGGAAAACUGGCAAAUGUUCGGAUUACUGUCCGCAUGAAUGCUGUCAAAGAGAAUAGAUUUGUCUGCGAUCAACUAACUGUCUAUGAAGCUUUCACACGCGCCGAUCUUGAUUUCGGCGCGGCUAUUCGUAACGGUAUCGAGCUGGAACGUGCAAAUUUUUCAUUCAUGCCAAUGGAUGAUAAGCGUUAUAACAUUAUCGGACCGCCGCAGAUCAGACCCAGCAAUGAUGCCUUUCUUAUUGACCAAAGUAGUCAAGGGCGACCAGUGUUUUAUGUGUCCAUAAUUGGUGUACUGAUGGCAGUUGCUUCACUUCUGUUGAUUAUUGGAUAUGCCUAUAGACGAGUGCAGGUCGAACGUGCACAUCGGCGAGAGGACGUGCAGGAACCCCCGUGA